GCUCCCUGGACCAAGCUCUUCAGUAUUGCCUAGCAGUGCCUGUGAAGCGCAUCGUUCGCCCUAAACACAAUAUAUCUUCAAGAUGGCUCCCCGAGAGAAAGUUGAAUUCGUCCUAGUUCGCCUGGCCUAUGUGCCGUACAUUCACCCGCUUUACCCGCGCAUCAGCUACCAGAUCAGAAAGCAUCCUCCCACCGGAUCGAUCAUACAAGUGCGCGAUUGGUUCGAGCACGUGAUGAUGAGGGAGCGCUCCAAGCUGCCCCCCGAUGUCAACAUACGAUACGCAGAGUGGCGCAUCAUCACCGGCGAUGUGGAGCUGUUCCAGGUGCAGGGCUGUCGCUUCGACAAGAUCAUGCUGGUACUGGGCGAGGAGAACAUCUCGUGGGUGUUCUACCAGAACAUGCCGCUGCACCGCCGCAUCGAGGGCUGCGCAUGCUUCCCCGUGAGUUACUGCGGAUGCUGCCUGAACAACCAGUACCUGGACAUUAUGGCCAAGAUCAAGCAGACUGUGUCGAGGAAGAAGAUACGAUGAAAUAAAUACAUUUGAUUACUAAUGGAA